AUGCGCCCAAUUAAGUUCGUAGAUGCUUUUUCUAAUGAACCCUUCAAGGGAAACCCUGUAGCAGUCGUGCUGGAUGCGCAGGGUCUAAGUGAAGACCAAAUGCAAACCGUUGCGAGAUGGACUAAUUUGUCAGAAACUACAUUUGUGUUGCCUCCUACACAUCCAAAUGCCGAUUAUACCCUUCGUAUCUUUACUCCAAGAACUGAAUUACCAUUUGCUGGACACCCCACACUAGGUAGUGCACACGCCUUAGUGGAAUCUGGUUUAGUGAAACCAAAGAAUGGAAUUUUGGUCCAACAAUGCGCCCAAGGUUUUGUGCCAAUAAGAGUAGACGGUGGCGUUUUUACGCUAGAAUUGCCAGAUGCAAAGUUUAAAGAAAUCAGUCAAGAGGAUAUUAGUACACUGGAGUCAAUCUUGAAGUGUAAAUUAGAAGCACCGGCACCUGUCGAUGUUGGUCCCACUUUCGUAAUUGGCCGUGUAGAAAAUAUCGAAACAUUGUUGGGAUUGGACCCCGAUUUGAACAGGCUUGCAGAAUUGGAACGAAAACUAGAAGUUACCGGGAUUACUUUAUUUGCUGAUUAUCCAGAUAGCACAGAUAUAGAAGUGCGGACUUUUGCGCCAUCAAGUGGAGUUUCAGAAGAUCCUGUUUGUGGCAGCGGAAACGGUGCCUUAGCAGUGUUCCGCAAGUGCAGGGGACUCUUAGAAACGCCUUCUUAUAUGGCGAAGCAGGGCAGAAAAGUAGGACGUGAUGGACGUGUUUACAUAACUGUUAACUCUGUUGUGCGUGUUGGUGGUGAAUGUGUAACGUGCUUGAAAGGAGAGCUAAAUGUAUAA